UUUCCUGGAUCACUAAUACCCUGUAAAUGCAGAUUGCUUAUCGCUCCAAUCUCAGUCACAGCCUGUAUUCCAAACACAAGGGAAAACAAUUGUUGUCACUGCUGUUUGUGUUUUGUUUUAUUUUUCACUGCAUUGCAAUUUCUACAGUAGAAUUACAAUAAGCGCAGUGCUGUUUUGCCGUGCUGUGUCUGCCCUCAUAUCUCUCCAGCCCAUGAUUUAUAAACAUUAACAUAAACGAGACAAUUCUUUCUAUCCCAAAUGGAGAUUAGCACAACGUCAAAGAAAGGAGCGUGGACAGGAGGGAAGUCAUGGACACCCUGAACCUCUUGUCCUGAGCGACGCUCCUGGAAACCUUCGGCACCCUGCCCCCUCAUCUGCGCCACCCUCUGCUUGACCCCGCCCCUAACCCCAGGCACGGCCACCACACAGUAGGCCUUAAUCUGGCGGCCAUGGCUGGGGAGAAAAGUCGGCGCAGCACCAUGGACACCAAGCGCCUCGCAGGGCUGCUCCAGCGCAGUGCUGCCCGCACGCUGGUCAUUGACAGCCGCACCUUUUCAGAGUACAACACCUCACAUGUGCUCAGCUCUGUCAAUGUUUGCUGCUCCAAGCUGGUAAAGAGGAGGCUGCAGCAGGACAGAGUGUCUGUCACCGAGCUCCUGCAGCCCAACAGCAAGGUCAAGGUUGACCUGGGCAGGAAACAGGAAGUGGUGGUGUAUGACCAAAGCACCAAGGACACCAGCACACUCUCCAAAGACAGCUUUGUCUACAUUCUGUUGGGCAAGCUAGAGGGCAGCUUUCACAGAGUGUCCCUGCUCACAGGGGGGUUUGCGGCCUUCUCCUCUUGUUUCCCAGGCCUGUGUGAGGGCAAGCCAACUGCCAUCCUUCCCAUGAGCCUCUCGCAGCCCUGCCUGCCGGUGGCCAACGUGGGCCCAACACGUAUCCUGCCGCAUCUGUACCUGGGCUCCCAGAAGGAUGUGCUGAACAAGGACUUAAUGGCUCAAAAUGGCAUCACCUAUGUCUUGAACGCCAGCAACACCUGCCCCAAGCCGGACUUCAUCUGUGAGAGCCAUUUCAUGCGGAUUCCUGUCAAUGACAAUUACUGUGAGAAACUACUGCCCUGGCUGGACAAGACCAAUGACUUCAUUGACAAAGCCAAGGUGUCCAACUGCCGAGUCAUCGUCCAUUGUCUGGCAGGAAUUUCCCGAUCAGCCACCAUUGCCAUUGCUUACAUCAUGAAGACAAUGGGUCUGUCAUCAGACGAUGCCUACAGGUUUGUAAAGGAUCGUAGACCCUCAAUAUCACCCAACUUCAACUUCCUGGGUCAGCUGUUGGAGUUCGAGAAGGGUCUGCGGCUGCUAAAGGCCCUGUCCUCUGCCUCUGGGAAGGCAGCUGUGGCAGUGGGAAGGGAGGAGGAGGAGCCAGACCCCGUGGUGCAGGAGGCUAAUGGAGACAGUGUGGGACUGGAGAACGGCCACUCCAAAGUGGAGCCCGAGAACCAGGAGACGGAGUCCACGCUGCCAUCGCCCACGUCGCUUCAGCAAGGCUUCAAUGGUCUGCACCUGUCAGCUGAGCGCAUCAUGGAUACCAACCGCCUCAAGCGAUCCUUCUCCCUAGACAUCAAGUCGGCUUAUACCCCCAGCCACUGCCCCCAGGCCCCCCCGGCCCUGGCUGUCACCCCUGUGGAUUCAGAAGAUGUCCCCAAGCUCUGCAAGCUGGACAGCCCCGAGACAGCCAAUGGCGUUUGCCAGUUCUCGCCAUCAUUGGAUAGCCCAGGGUCGGCAGAGUCCGUGUGUUGUGGGGAGUCAAGGGUGCGGCAGAGGAGGAAAGGGAAGCCAGUGGGCAGCACCAGCAGCUCCCCAGCGCAUUCACUCAGCCUGAGCUUCAGCCACAGCGGGCCCAUCAACAAAAGUCCCAGCCUGGACGAGAACCUGAAGGCCUCGCUCCUGCUGACCCUGCCCAAUGUGGGCUCCAGUACAGCCUGGACCAAACACAGGGACACAGCGCAAGCCACCACGCCUGGCACACCCACAGGUGACGGGCCCUGGUUCUUUGGCGCUGAUCCAACAGGGCCCGGGGGCACAGUCCGCUUCGGGAGUGGCUCAGCCUACGUUACAUUCGGCUGCAGUGGGCUCACGGGCGGCUGCGAGGCUGUGCGCUUGCGGGAGAAGCCCCAGGACCGGCGGGAUGGACGGGGCAGCUGGCAUGAGGAUGCCCCCGGUGGUGGCAGUGGUGGUGGCACUGACAAACAGUUCAAGCGCCGUAGCUGCCAGAUGGAGUUUGAGGAAGGAAUCUCUGAGACACACUCCCGAGAGGAGCUGGGCAAGAUCGGCAAGCAGUCCAGCUUCUCUGGGAGCAUGGAGAUCAUUGAGGUGUCCUGACACACGGGGCCAUGGACCAGAUUGGACAGAUUUUGGGGAUGGGCAGUGGGACAGGAUGGAAUGGGGGGUUAAUUUAUAAUAUAUGAGUCUAUUUUUGUUGUGUAUAUUUAUGACUCUAUGAGAAACAAACAGCUGUGGAGUCCUUUGUCUCGGAGCAUGCCGGACAGUUGGGGAGGCUUCCAUGCCCAACCGUGUCUUUCAGCACAAACACACAGCGAUACGGGAGGGCAGCACUGACACUGGUGGUCACUAUGUACAUUACAAAACAAUGCAAAGUCAAAGUUCUCUUUUCAGGAAAAUCGACAUGCUUCCCUCUUGUUGCCCCAGCCAGGGCAGGUAAUAGUCCCUGUCUGCUGCUCUAGCAGCACCUUGUUGCAGAGAAGGAAGUAUGGCUCUGUUUGUCCUUGUCGUUGUUGCGUUCACAGUGGCUCUGAGCCAGUGAAGUGCCAGGGUGCAGCACUGGGGGAAGCAAUGGACUUCAACCCUCUCAAUAAUGGCACUCAGUGGUACUUUAUACAUGAAGGAUUCUCUGUAGGUGCUGGCUGAUUAUGUUCAUGUAAAAGAAUUAGUCACUCUGAAACUGUUAUACCUACCGUGAUGUUUAGUGCAGGCAGAGUGCUCAUUUGUUUUAAGAAAGUUUAAAAAAAUGAUGGUGGUUUCCACAAUGCAUCUGCACCUCGUUCUCAGUGUUAAAAGUUGCACACCUUUGAGAUUUCAUUUGUGAAGAUAUCCUCUGUGAUUGAGGUGAGAAUCAUAUCUGCAGGGUGUUUUCCACAAUUCUCUUAACUCCGCCCUUGUUAAAGUGAAGAUGCUCAGAGCGGCUGGCAACCGACAA